AUGUCUAUUACCUCUUUAACCGGCUUCAUGUCAAACUACUCAGUUCUCUCCGACCGGAGCUCUUCAGAGGAUGAAAAGAAUUUACACCAGCGUCUGCAAUCCGACAUCGAAGCUGCCGAUGGUCCAGUUCGACAAAAUGCAGACAAGAUAUCCAGCCGCUUUAUUGACGGUCGCACCGUUUCCGACGCCAUCAUCGGCUUGUCCGAUGGCAUGACCGUACCUUUUGCGUUGACAGCUGGUCUGUCAGCCCUGGGUGAUACUAAAGUUGUCGUCUUUGGCGGCAUGGCUGAACUGAUUGCGGGCGCGAUCUCAAUGGGAUUGGGAGGUUAUCUGGGUGCUAAGAGCGAAGAGGAAUCAUACAAGGCAACAUUUAAAGAGACAGAGGCACAGACUGUGACAGAUCCCAUGUCCGUUACGGGAACUAUCCAAGAUAUCUUCGAGCCGUAUGAGCUGCCCUCCGAGCUCGUCUCCCAGCUCACCAACCACCUCUCCAACUCGCCCAUGCUCCCUUCCUUCCUGAUGAACUUCCACCAUACCAUUCCUGAGCCUUCAAGCUCUCGUGCUGUUAUCUGCGCCAUUACGAUUGCCCUUGGCUACUUCAUCGGCGGAUUUGUGCCUUUAGUUCCCUACUUCUUCGUUGGGCCCAAUGACGCAUUCGUCGCUCUACGCUGGUCCAUCGCAACUAUGGUCGUCGCUCUCUUUCUCUUCGGUUAUGGCAAGACCUGCUUCGUGAGUGGAUGGAGGGGUCGUCGAAAUAUCCGCAAGGGCUUUGUCGGUGGCAUUCAGAUGGUGCUUGUGGGUGGUAUCGCGGCUGGUUCGGCGAUGGGCCUGGUCAAGGCAUUCCAAAUGAUGGCACACUGA